AUGAGUGAUUUUUCUUCGAAGUUUGCUCAGCUAAGCGUGCGGUCUGAGAAAAGUAGUCACAACGACUUGUCUAACAUUCAGCGUGCAAAUGGAGACGAAGACAAGGGUUCUAAGGGUAACCCAUGGAAGCCAAUAGUCCCUAGUUCUGAAAACAAUUCUUUGGAAGCAGACGCUUGGCCUGAACCCUCGGCACCCACUGAACAGAGACGGAUUACUCGCAUUGCGGAAGAAAAGCCCAAAAGAAAGCUAAAGUGGCAUAAUUAUGAAGUAGAUGACACUACUUGUGGUUUUCCUCGAGGGCGUGGCCGUCAUACCGUUGGACCAUUUGCCGGAGCUAACUACACCAAUAGUAAUGUCAGGUCAUUUCGCAGGGGUAAGCGACUUAUGUUAUGUAAUUCUUCAGGUUAUGGAGGUUAUCGAAGUCGCAUCUUACCUGAUGCAAACAGAGGUCGAAACAGCAAUGGGUUCUAUCGUCAUCCUGGUCGCUUAGGAAGUAUACGACCAGUCAGUGAACCUAAAGAAAAUCCAAAUGAACUCAGUCAAAAGAAUAGUCCAGUUCAAACAAGUGAAACAUGUAGCAUCUCAGUUGAUGUUAAUUUGAGUACGGAUGUAUCGUCUCACGACGAAAAGGUUUCAGAUCGCGGUUUACAUCUGUCGGAAUCAGUUGAGGUGUCAGGUCAACAAACAGACACAGACUUGCAGAAUAACAAACCAAGCUCGGUUUCCUCUAUGCUUAAUCCAACACCUCGCAAAGUUUAUCGCGAGAGAUCUAAUGUUUCGUCGCAGUCGGGUAGCCAGUCAACUAACAUCCCAUCUAAUUAUGAUGCAGGUCCCGUUGGCCGUGCAAGGCGAUCUUACCAACGCCAACACCAACCAAUGUUCCCCAACGAAACUGAUAGUCACAAUUUGAAUUCACAUUCUACUUUGGUUGCAAACUCCUCCAUCCAACCUCUUAUUCCCUUUCAAACGCUACCUCAAAUUACAUAUAUCAUCCCAGGGGCACAUGCAACGAUGCUGACUCCUGCCUUACAGAUUGCCCAAACACCUGCUUCACACACAAUAAUUCCUACCGUGUCGCUAGCAAACACUCAAAUCCUACCCACUCAACCGACAAUACAACAUUCUAUUGGACCUCUACCACAUCUUCCGGUCGAAAAUCUUCCUAUACCUAUCCUUUCUGAUGUAUCAGCUGUUCAGCCUGUACAUCCCAGUUUCAACCCACAAUCAUCCAUGACUUCUACAGGCACAGAACAACCAACUGAUACCCCUGAAGUGGUUGACGUAACUCAGGUGAUCGCAUACAUUAAUGAAGUGGGAUGGAAAAAAGUAGUUUUUCCCACAAGCCUCCGAGAACAUCGUGCAGUUGCUGCUGCCAUAAAAGAUGCUCUAGGGUCGUCAAAUCACGACUUGGCCGACCUCACUGAAUCAGCUGUUAACAAAAAUGACUUGUCCAAUCCGUCAUCUCAAUCUCGUAGUGAUGAUGCACCUACAAGACCAAUAAAAGCUGACGACAUUAUCAUAGUUGAGGAUCGUGUGUUUUUUGUCCCAAAAAAUGUGAAUCGAACCAAGUUUCUAAAGUUCCUAUCGAAACUGGAUUAUAUUAGGCAUCACGUCGAGUAUUACUUCAGUGAAAGCAAUUUACAACGUGAUUCCCACUUACGUGCGAUACUAACUGCCAAUCAAGAUGUUUGCCCUCUAACCGAGCUGUUACAAUUCAAUAGACUCCGUUGGGUGUCUGCUACUGAAUCCGAAUUACUAGAUGCCGUUUCCAGUAGCAGUGUUUUGUUGGUUGUGCUUUCCCCUGAUGGAUCACCAACUGGGAUUACUCGAGUUUGUCCAACAUUGGUAAAACAUUUCAACGAAGGCUGUUCUCCAUCCGUCGAGUUUGGCUAUGUGCGUCCUGUAAAUCAAGGUGUAAGUUUGGCAACUUCGGUUUCUGAUCAAAACACAAUUGUUGUGCAAGUAUCUACAGCUUCCAGUCAAUCCCUUACACAUCCCACUGUUGAUCCUUUAAAUCAAAACAUCUCAAUUCUAAGUCCGGUUUCGGCUCAUUCAUUUGGAAGUCAGGUUUCUGCAGGCAGUAACAACACCCAUUUUCCUUGUGCAACACAGGUUUUGGGAGUUUCGGGUCAAUCCAUGAACUCCAUUCCACAUAAUUCGCUUCCGAACUACAUUCAAUCUUCAGCUCAUGUCUUAACUCCGAACAAUUUUGGAAUUUUGACAAACACUUCACCAGGGAACAUAAUAUAUUCUAGUUCUUCACCCUCACAACAACAUGCAUCAGUAACUUCUCCGUUCUACCAAUCCGACCUCGGUCCACAAUCUACAAUUAGACCAGCACAAGCUUUCCAUUGUCCACAACUUUACACUCAAAAUCAGGCGGCUGCGUUUAUGGCUGCGGCUGCCAACCAGUGUAGUUUGUUAGCGUCAGGGCCCAGCACUGCAGUUUUGCCUCCAUCAGACCCAAAUACUGCGUCCUUCAUAUCCGCAUUAUACCGCCUUGCCACUCCAGGUAGCCCGGCGCCUAUCGUUGGGACGUAUGUACCUUCUGUUGGAAAUCCUAACAACAUGUCUCCUGCUGCUCCUAAUUCAGCUGUGUUUCUCCAGUUUAUUCCAGGAGCUCAUCCCGGCCAAACUAACGCUUAUUUCACGCCUCCGAUUAGUUGUCCGCCAGGCACAAACUCACUGUUAAGCCGUUCCGUUCCUGCACACGCUAGCGGGAUGUGGAUACCGCUCAACCAAGGUUCUGGUGCGAACAGUGGUAUCGUUCCGACGCAUCCUUACCAACCGUAUGUGGCACUCACUCAGGCUCAUCCGAGCCUAUCGCUUUCCAAUAAUCCGAGUGGUAACGGAGGGUUGUACGCAGUUACAUCCUCUCACUCAUUCCCAACAGCCUUUGGAACAGUUCCUACUUUAACUAUUGGUCCCGAUGUCUCUGGCUUUGGUGUCCAGAAAGUGUUCAGUCAUGCUCAUUCAUUGAGCAGUCCACAUAGCUUCACAAAUCACCAAUCACCGGUCACUUCAAACGCGAACGUGACAGCAAUAAACACGCCAACCGGACACAAUUCUCAAAUCAAUGUAAAUCAUAGUUCAGUUCCAGGUUCACAGCCAUCGAACAGUAACUUGGCUUUGGGUAAACGAAUACCUACAAACAAUACUCAAACAUGA